GCCGUGGUUCUCCAUCAGAAAUAGGGGGAAAAAUCGCCUCGUUGGUUUGGCCAGUAUCAACCCUCCUUUGUAUUCUACAUAUUGUUAUUUAAACAAAAUGCCAUCAAAGAAAAAGAAGAAGUUUGGAAAGGAUUCCGUAACCUUUGCGCUUGUACACAGGAGUCAGAGGGAUCCGUUGUAUGUGGAUGAAACGGCUCCCCAGCAUGUUCUUAAGCCUCUUGAAGAUCCUAAGAAAAAGCAUCUAACUCCUGAGGAACGCAAGGAAGAGCAGAGGAAGUAUGGCGUGUACUUCGAUGAUGAUUAUGACUACCUGAAGCAUUUGAUGCCAGUUGGUGGGCCCCAAGGCGGCUAUGAAUUGGAACCGGUAGUUCAACAAAAUGUGGAGAAGGAUGAUGAAAUGCUGGAAGCCGGAUCAAGCGAAAAGCCCAAAAUCAAACCUUCAUCCAGACCCAAAAUAAUGCUUCCUUCAUCCAUGUUCGCGUCUGAGUUCGAAGAGGAUGUCGGACUACUCAAUAGAAAUCCACCUUCAUCUGGUUUAAACUUGGACUUAGACCCAGAUAUUGUUGCUGCUAUGGACGAAGAUUUUGAUUAUUCUGAUCCUGAAAAUCAGUUAGAAGAUGAUUUUGUACUCAAAGCAAACAUGCCUGGCUUAGAUGAUGGUGACGAUUACAUUGGUGAGGAAGAUGAAGAUUAUUAUGAUGAAGAACGUGAUGAUGUGGGGAGUAUGGGGGCAAUGAGCGAUGAUGAUUUUGAUACCAAGUCACGAUUCACAAAUUACUCCAUGUCCAGUUCCAUCAUUCGUAGGAAUGAAAAAUUGACCAUAUUGGAUGACAAGUUUGAAAAGAUGUUCGCUGAGUACGAUGAUGGAGAAAUUGGUGCCCUUGAUACUGAAGAAAUUGAAGGUCAAAUUCCAGCAUCGUCUUCCAUGCUUGAUGGCGCUGCCCAGGAGUUAAAAAAACAUCAGCAUAAAGCUGAUGGUCUAUCUAAGGAAGAGAAAGAAAUAAUCUUGCAGAGAGCUGAAACAGCCGAGGAAAAUACAGCCGAGGAGGAGAUGGAUCGUCUUGAAAUUAAACCAAAAGAGUUUUGGGACUGCGAGUCGAUUCUAUCCACGUACUCAAAUAUCUACAAUCAUCCUAAACUUAUCCAAGAACCACCCAAGGUCAACAAAAUAAAAUUCAAGAAAGGCAUUCCUGUUAUCAGUGAAAAACUUACCCAGGCAAACUUAGAUAUGAUGAACAAGAGAGAUGAUGAAAAAGAUGAUGUUCGCUCAGUUCUCUCAUCUGUAUCUAGACUUUCUCUUUCUGUUCGACCAAAAGAAGAAACAUCAAGUGAAAGGAAGGAUCGGAAAAAUCUAGUCAAACAAAUCAGGAAGGAAAGACGUGUAGAACGGAAGAUGAACAAGCUAGCUUUCAAAGAGGAAAAGAAAAAGUUUGAAAAGGUUUUCACCAACAAUCAAAUCAACGCUCAGACUCUAGCUCUAUAGAUAGUAUGUAUGAAUACACUCCCGCAUAAUGACUCAUGUUACAUCCCCUAUGAAUUAUUCUUUUAUCAAGUAAUUUUUUUCUUUCUCUUUCAUUUUCUUCGUUGAAUGUACCCAAUUUGUAAUUUUUGUAGAUUGAUUUUUUAAGUAUACAUUUAUCCAUCGUUAAUAAUCUUCCGACUGAUAUUUUCUCCUCCUCAGGUUUGGCA